CUGGGGUUUAUUUUUUCAAGGAGGAGGUGGCGCGGGGUGGCCGGAGGAAGGGUAGGAGGUCAGCUCAGAGCACGUGGGGCUCUGGCCGGAGGAGGCGCACCUGAAGAACUCGGCGACAGAAUCGAAUCGGCGGAAGACACCACGCGCCGGCCGUGCGGCCGCAAAAGCCCCCGGCAUUGUCCCCUUCCGGCGAGGUUCGUCGGAGAUACCUAGGCUUGGGGCGAGUCGGGAACGGCAAGAGAUUCAGACCCAGUUGGGUGACUCAGAAUGGGCCUAACAAUUCCAUUUAAAGUUGGAGAUGCUGUAGAGUUAAGAUCCUUCGAAGCUGGUUACAGGGGUGCAUGGUUCCGUUGCAAGAUCACCGGUACCAGGAAGGGUCACACGGAGUAUCAGUUGGAGUAUAUGGACUUUCCAGAUGAAGGAAGGAGCUGGGAGAGACUAUACGAAAUUCCCCCAAAAUACUGUCGGAAAGCAGGCCAGAAAGCAGGUCAGAAUAGGGAGCUCAUGCUUCGACCUCCUUAUCCUCGGUGGUGUGGGGAUAAUUAUAUUCCUGAGUAUGGCCAGAAGAUGGAUGUUGUAGCAGUUGUUAUCAAUCCUUGGAAAGUAGGUGACUUGGUUGACUGGUGGCACAAUAGUUGUUUCUGGACUGGGAAAAUUAUUGAGUUACUGGGCGUUGACAAAGUUAAGAUAGCUUGUACUGAAAUACCGCUAGGUGAAGGUGGAUGUUAUGAAGCCGAUGUUGAUGACCUGAGGCCAGCGCUUGAUUGGUCCCUCGAAAAAGGGUGGAGCGCUCCUCUUUCAAAGGAAAAUGGUGAAAGCUGGUAUACUGCUCGUUUGGUCACAGAGAACCCAGAUACAGGAAGUAGCAGCUUAGAUGAGGACAUCGAGCAAUCUUAUGGUUGCAUCAAGGAAGUACAGAAGUGCUUGAAUGGAUCAUUUGACACAGGGAUGCAGGAAUUACGGAAGUGCUUGAAUGGAUCAUCUGUUACCACGAAGGAAGCGAUGGACCGAGAUGUAAAACAUCUAGCCAAUACAUAUGUCAGGCGCUCCAUGAAAAGUCAAAGGCGCAGUGAGGAGGAGCAGCAAAAAUGCAGAAAUGAAGAGCUUGAUACGUCUCUAGAGGCCAGAUAUCCAAUAGCGCAACUUGCACCCGAUGAAACCGAUGAACACUGCAUGAACAGCCAAGCAGAUUGCCCGACGUCUACAAUGGCCAAUUCUGGACAGUCUUCUUACUUCCUUACCAAUGGCCAAUCAGGUCUCGCCAGUUUUAAAAAGCUCAAGACCUCAACUGAGCAUGCAUCAGUUCAGCCUCCAUCUCCUGACACUGUUUGUGAGGCUUUGAUGGAUGUGGAGAAAGUAGCACACCAAAUCAGAAGGGCCGAGGAUCUCCUGCACUCUAUUGACGAUGCUCCAUCAAGCAGAGCGCUUGCGCCUUCUUGGAGGUUCAGUCGGUAAAGCAUAACUGGAGUCAUAUUUGUAAAGUUCCUAUGAAGUCAUUGCACAGACGACAGACUGAUCUGUUAUCCUGACUCACCCGAUCCUGUUCAUGCUGGGAAUGAUACCAAACUACCCGUGUGGAUAAGUGAACUUUUGGCAGCAAGUAAUGUUGGCAGCAGUUUGAUCACUGAUCCUAGAUAGCUCGUUGUAUCAUUUUGUUUGUAAUGCUAUGGCAUGCGACCGUAAUAUGAUUUAGCAACUGCCAAGCAUUAGCUAGUCAUGUAUUUCCUCUGUUCCAAAAUAAGUGUCACAGUUUUAUCUAGAUACGGUCUAGACAAAGCUGCAGCACUUAUUUUAGAAUGGAGGUAGUAUUAUGCAGGGCUGCCGUCCAAGAAUUGUCAUCUUCCAUGCGUGAUCAUUAGGGUAUGAUACUAGAGAUAGUCUACUUACUGGUUGCAAUUGUAAGCUAGUCUCAACAAGUGUUCUGUUACCAGUGAAUGCAAUGUUCUUGGUUUGAGAAUGGAGUUGAUCUCAA